CAAGUUAGGAAAAAACUCGAAACUGAAGUUCGACUUAUAGCUCAACCCAACCAACCUAUAACCGAGGACGAUCUAGACCAAAUGCCCUACCUAAAAGCCCCGUGCAAAGAGACCCUACGCCUCCACCCUCCAAUUCCCAUUCUCACGCCCCGGGAAUCAACUAAAGACAUCUAAGUAAUGGGCUACAACAUUGCAGCCGGGACACGGGUGGUAACCAACGCCUGGACUAUUGGGCGGGACCCGUCGUCAUGGAACGAGCCCGAGGAGUUUAUGCCAGAGAGGUUUUUGAACAGCUUGGUAGAUUUCAGAGGACACGAUUUCGAGUUGAUUUCACUCGGAGCGGGGGAGAGGGGAUGCCCGGGCAUUCAAUUUUCCGCGGUGGUUAAUGAGCUGGCAUUGGCAAAUCUUGUGCAUAAGUUUGAUUUUGCAGUGCCUGAUGGGGUGGAGUUCCAUAUGAGUGAAGCUGCUGGUUUUUCUGUUCGUAAAAUGCAUCCUCUACUUGUUAUUGCGACUCCCCUUGUUAAUUUCUCUAGGUUAAAAGGACCUCAGUAAUGGUGCAGACUGUGCAGUAUGAAUCAUAUACAACCUGUUUUUCAUAACAGCGACAUCUACCGCAUGGUUUCACCGCUCUCUGUCACCGCUAUCUCAAUCUCGCUGUCCGUCUCAGCAAUCAAUGGUUUAAAAAAACUCGGUGAGAUAUGCACGCACUAUCCCC